AUGACAGAAGUCCCAGAAAAGAAACCCCUCUCGUUUUCUUCCGUCUACGUCGAAGACACUUCCCGGGCGCGCAAAUGCAUCGAGAACUGGCAGGACCUCUUAUAUGCCCUAUCCAAAAUGAACAUGUGUAAGACUCUCCUCGAGCCGCACAUAGACAUCCAAAAAUAUGUGAGGGAGGUAGAAGAGAUCGGAAGAGCCACGAUCGACCAACUCGAGAUAGUCCUGACGACAGAGUCAGUCAAGGGGGUCUCGAAAGAGCACCAGGACGCCAUCAUCGACGAAGCAGAGAAGACAUACCGUCUAGCUAACACACAUAAACUCGGUUCCGUGCUCAGUCAAUACCAUGUCCGCGAGAUGUCCUUCGCACACUACUUUUAUCGUCUAAGACAAGGCGAUGCUGCGCUCCUCGAAAUCUGGGAGCUGCUGAACUGGCACCAUGAGGGAUGGGAAAGGAAACAAAAACGAUGCUUAGUGAGGCAUUUGACAGCAACUCUCAAGGCCAGUCCAGUUUCGAGCUUUGGAGGCGGGACCUCACAAUCGGUCGAUACGAGCGGAGGUAUAUACGAGCGCUACGCAUGUGGUCGUGAAUACGCUUCACGAGCUAUUGGCGCGCUUGUCUAUGCACGGAGCGUGACAGCCGUGAACGACAUCAGUAAAUCCAGUAGGUCUUUCACCACCAUCGCCACCCAUGCGUAUGAGCUGACUAUGCAUCAGGCCUGA